AUGGACCUGAAUUUUGAAAACUUAAACAUCAAUGAUUUCUUGGAUAAUAAUGUUUUCAAUGCUAAUUUUCUGAGAAUUGCUUUUGGUAACUCUAUGGAUCUUGAUUUUAUUUCGAAUGUCAGUUUUACUGAGACUAAUGUUAAUCAGUGGGUCUGGGCCUAUCAUUCGCAUAAUGCUACUAUCUCUUCCACUGUUUACAACCAUAUCAAUUCAUCUUGUGCGGAUACUGAUAAUUGGAAGGGGUGGGAUCUUAUUUGGAAAUUAUCUGUUGUCCCCCGUAUUAAAACUUUUAUUUGGAAACUUGCUCAUGAUAAACUAACGACGGGUGUCUAUCUUUACAAUCUAAACAUUGGACCUUAUGUUAGCUAUCCUUUCUGUGAAUUAUAUGAUGACUCUGCUUCCCAUCUCAUUUGGUUGUGUUCAAAAGUUCAGCACUGCUGGACCCCAAUUCUCAUCAGGAUGAACAAAGACCCUUUGGAUUUAAAUUUCUUAUGUUCUGGCCGUUGGUUGGAGUAUUAUGACAGGAAUAGAAAGGAUUGUGAUCAGGUUAAAGCUUUGAUUGCCACAAUGGCUUGGAUCAUAUGGAAAGAGAGAUACAAUCAUAUCUUUCAAAACGCCAAUCUUAAUUUGGUUUCUAUUCCCGUCAGGGCUAUCAACCACUGUAACAAUUUCUUCAGGGACAACAAUAUCAGGGAGUUUUCUGGGCCUUCUCUUUCUCCUAAAUCCAUAUUUAUCUAUGCUGAUGCCUCUUGGACCUCGGCCUCUAAGUGUGCUGGCCUUGGUUUCAUCAUUGUUGCUAAUCCGGGCCUGGUUUUACUUGCAGGUGCUUCUGGCACAAGCCACUCCACACCCUUAGAUGCUGAGAUUGAUGCUAUUUGCCUGGCUCUUCAACAUUGUAAGGAUUUCAACUGGCAACCUACCAUCAUUUGCUGUGAUUGCCCAAGGGUCGAGCAACUAAGCAGAAACUUUCACCCCUGCAUAUCCUGGCGAGCAAGCAACUUGCUCAAUAAACUGAAGCAACUAAUGAAGGACUUCCCUGACAUCUCCAUCUCCACGAUUCCAAGGGAAAAGAACUCUAUUGCUGAUGAAUUGGCCGCCUUUGGGCUUCUCAAUCCUUCCUUAUCUCUCUUUUUCAGAGGCCUUGACCGACAUUAUUGGCUUGAUGAGCUUUGUGCCAGUCACAACCUCUUCUUCUGA